UCAAAAAGAGAAAGAGAAAAGCCUCCAUAUGCUAUUAACAAACAUCAACAAAAAACAAAAACAAUUGGUUCCAAAAGUUUUGACUCUCUUAAAUAAAAUCUAUAAAACAUUUCCCGUCAUAUGGUUCAGUAAACAAGUCAAAUAUUUAAUUUUAUUUUUCGAACGGCUUUCUCAGUUUAAUAGUCAAAAAAAAUUCCUUAAAUUCUCAUUUUCAAAGUCAAUAAAAAAUUAAUUAUUAACACAAAAAAUGGCACUUGUCCGUACAUAUUCAGCACUAGACUUGCCCAGUGUUGGUCCUUAUAGUUUAACUCGAACUUAUUCUGUGCCAUCACUUACAAGGUACAAUCACUCCUACAUGCCUAUUAUUAAUAAUAUCAAAAAAAUUUUUCUAGUUACACCCCAGUUUCAUAUUAUUAUCCUUACUAUAGUUGGCGUUAUUGGUACCCUUAUCGUUACCGUGACUAUUGGCAGUCUGAUUAUUAUUGGUAUGAUCGUUAUUCAUAUUAUUCAACUUAUACUCCACUCUACUAUCGAAGCCUAUUUCCGUAUAGACGUUAUUACUACAGUGACUACAUCUCAAAUCCUUAUUACUGGUAUUAUCCCUACAAUUAUUGGAGCCGUUACAAAAGCUAUCUCUAUGAUUAUGAUUGGCCAUACUAUUACAGACGUUGGUAUGGAUCUUCCUAUUAUUUUUGAACAAGAAAACAGAAGAAGGAUGUACAAAAGUCCAGAAAAUUCAGAAAAAAUACAGAAAAAUUAUUUUUUGUACUACUAG